AUGCUUUUCUUCAAAUUAGCAAUUGCUGCUGUCCUAGCUCUCACAGUCUCUACCACAUCCACCCAAAAGGACGGAGUUGCCACUGAUGCAGUCCUGCAAAGACGAGCUACGGCGGCCAAAAUCUUUGCAAGGAGCAAGUCUGGGGAUAGUCGCUGCGCGACCUGUGACGGUUUUGAAUGCCAAGACCCUACAUCAGGAUGUCAUAAACGCAAGUGUUGUUAA